AUGGCAGACAGAGAGCCUGCUGUGGCGGGAGUACCCAGCGAGCGCCUCUCGCAGAUGGCGUCGCCUCAGCUGCUGCAGAGGCCACGUCGCAACAGCGCGUUGGGGUUAACGUAUUCUCCUUUCAAAGAUGAAGUUAGAGCAAUACUGCAUCCCUGUAACCCUUGCAGCAGCAGCAGAAAGAACACGCCAAGAGAGGCGAAGGACAUGUUGAAGAUGACUCCCCCGGGAUACGCCGGCAUAUCCACCGCGCAGCUCAACAACGCCCUCUUCAGUAAUGGCAGCAAAAAACAGUCCGCAGCAGCGAACAAAUCCGACCAAAUGACUUCACUCUUCUCCUCUGCAGGCAGCAAAUCUCCCGGAACCCAAAUGCAUCAGAGAGGAGGAACGCGACCGCUGAGACAGUAUGUCUCCACCGAUCAGCUUCCCCGAGCUUUCUGCACCAAGUUUCAAGUCACGGAUCCUUUAACCGGCCGCACUGAAAUCAUGACUGCCAGAAGACCGGGAAAUGCAGCAACAGAAAUCAACCUCGCCAGCUUUGACUCCUACAUGCUCCCCAGAGAACGAACAUUCUCCGUGCAGAAGGCCAAGGACAACAUAGACCAUAACUUACUGGGUCUAAUGCCUAAACCGAACACGGAGUUGAAGUUCUCUGUGAGAAGCAUCGCCAGGCGACACCACCAGCCGACGCUCGAGUGCAAAGAAGAUUGGAUGACUCCCACAGCCUCUGCCAACGUUUGCAAACCUCUGGGCCUCUCGAAGCGCCACGCUGGCUUCCCUUGGAACCCCACCGAAACCGACAACAUCGCCCACACCUAUGGAGGGCAGUCCGCGGCAUCCCCCCGCACCACACGGGCCUGCAUCAGGCCUGCCUUCAUCCCCUCGUGA